AUGGCAGAAACUCCUGACUUAGAAGAUGAAACGAAAUCAAUUGCCCAAGCCUCCACUCACUCGAAUGGUGAUGGGGGCAGAAGCAAAAUCAAGAGGUCGAAAACAUUCACUGGCUGUUACACAUGUAGGGCCAGGAAGAUACGGUGUGAUUUGGGUAAACCUGAAUGUCAGAAGUGCAUAAAGUCUCAAAUACCGUGUGGUGGAUACGACAUAUAUCUCAGAUGGUCGAGUCCCAUUCAGUUUAACCCAAAGACAGGCAAUGCACUAGCUCCGCUGGGGGUGUUCCAAAGGACUCAAGACAAUGACGAUGAUAGUAUUAACGAAGAGGGAGGAGAUGGUGCCUCUGCAUAUGUAUCUCAUUUCUCAAGAAGACUGGUUGGAUUUGUCGAUUGGGAAAACCAUAAGCCCUACAGAUACUACCAGGAUAUGGAUACAGAUUUGGCUAUUUUGCAUAACAGUCAAUCGGAUCCUUUGAUACUGAAAAACAAGACGAAGAUGUUGGGGCCCUUUGGAGUUUUCCAAGGUUCUGUACCCAAUUCAUCUCCAGUUCUCUCUAAAUCUGUCAGUGUGGCUCUGACCAAUGGUAACGAGUUACGUAGAGCAAUGAGCAGUAGAUCCGCUGCUUCAAGCGUUAAAGAUGGUGGGAAAGACACCAAAGUUACAGCGGAGGCUGGCCCUUCAACACAUUCCUCUUCGGGUUCGCCAUUGAAGAAGAAAAAGCUAAAUACCAAUCUCACAUCUGAUGCUAUUCCUACGACAGGAAAUGGAGGACUCAGUCCCAACACUGAACAGGUGCCUGCUAUGGGAGCACAAGAUCUCUGGCUUUCCAAUGAACUUCGUGAUGAUGCUAUGCUUACAGCUGCUGCGCUUAAUGGUGAUGUUCAUUUCUUAGACCUUAUGUCUACUAUUUCAACACCAAACAGCAACAUUUUUACUCCAGUGAACUUUAACAAUUACAACUAUAAUACCAAUCAAAAUGAUUUUUUGAAUUUGGUUUUCCACAGGAAUAGCAAUCAUCAGGGCCAGCAGCAUCUGAAUGCCAACGGGGUGCCGCUAGAUCUACCAGUUGGUGACCAUCACACGUCCAUGCUGCAACAACAAGAACAACUACAAGUACGAGAGCAGUCGCAACAGAACGAUAUUCAACCACAACAGCAACUUCAUCAAAAUCAGCAACAACGACACCAACACCAACAACAACAUCAACAGAGCAUACAGCACCAGCAGUCACGUCAAUCACAAAACCACCAACAUGUAUCACUAACAAACGAUGCACAAUACUCGAACUAUAAUGAUUAUUACUAUAAUAAUCCAUAUAAGCAAAAUGAAAAUCUUGAAAUUCAUCUUGAUGCUUCGAGCAAACAUAAUACUUCUAAUGAAAAUGAACCAAACACUGACAUAGUUGAAGGCGAACUGAGUAAUGCGACUACUAUGCCAACUUCCAUCAUGUGCACAGUUCAAAGUUUACUUGAACCUAAAUUAGGCUAUGAUCUUACCAUCCCGCCUAAUUCUCCCGAAGAAAACAAGACUAAUAACAGUAACACCACCACAAUUAUUCCACCUGGACUUCCCUCAACGGCUUUACAAGUUCAACCAUUGACUAGGUACUUACUUAAUUAUUAUGUGACUACAGUUGCCGAUUUAAUGACUGUGAUUCCGUUAACUGAAAAUCCUUGGAAAUCGAUUUAUUUCCCUAGAGCGCUUAUGGCAAUCGGAGAGCUACUGGCUUUAGGUCAUACUAGUGAUGCAAAAAAUGCAUUAUUGAAUGCAUUAUUGGCCGUCCUGGCCUUCAAUCUCCAGCUGAAAUUUCCGAAGAACUCUUCACCAAUGAAGUAUUAUCUUAACUUGGGGAUUAGACUAAGAAAUCAAGCGUCCGUGUUUGUCAAAAAGUUACUUAACAGUAAUAACGAUGGAAGCAUUGAGAACUGCGUCAGAAAUGAGAAAUAUAAAGACGUUUUGUGUGCCGUCAUGUCAAUGAUUAGUGUUGAUUUAGUUUGGGGUACAAUGCAAGACACAAACUACUAUAUAAACUGGUGUGGGAAGGUUAUUUCACAGAAGAUGAUCAAUAAAAAGAAGUUGUCUACGAAAGCAAGAAUUCUACAUCGGAUUUUCAGUAGUUUGAAAUUGAUCCAGGAUUCCACUUGUUUGGAUUUGGAGAACAUUAAACGAGAUCUUGAAAUGGAAUAUGAUGUUAAUGGUGAUAAAUUCGGCAAAAAAGGAGGUAAAUCUUCUUUAUCAGACAAAAAUGAUUGGAAAGACGAGAAGAAUAAAAUUGAUUACUUGGUUUCAUCUGGAAACAGGACUAUGACUCCAACGAGCACAACAACUGGCCCAGCAUCCAUCAAACUCCGUAAAGCAUCACCAUCUUUCUUGAACAAAAAGUUAAUAAAUACGAAGAAGAAUGAUGAAAAUUUUGCUACCGAUGCGUUAUAUGGACUUCCAAACUCUCUCAUUAUGCUAUUCUCGGAGACAGUUCGAUUGCUUAGAUCAAAGAUUUAUCAAAGUCACCAAGGCAACAGCAUGGAAACAUUCAAAGAAGAAGUUGACGUUGUUUUGAAAAACUUGGAGAAUUGGAAGUUGGAUUGGGUUCUAUACGAAGGUGACAUGAAAUUUUUUAGUCCAAUGCAUGAAGCUACAUACCAUCAUAUUAUGUCUUUUUACCAUGCUUUGAAUAUUUACUUCAAUAAACUUAUAUUGGAGAAGCCAGGGCUGGAAUUGCAACAAGGCGUUGAAAAAACAUUAGAGCAUUUGAAUGCAAUUCAGAUAUUAAUAUCCAAAGAUGAGGCUGUGAUUAUUCCAUUAUUUUGGCAAGGAUUCAUCGCAGGGUGUGAAGCAAUAUCUCAAGAGUUACAGAUGGGCUAUAAGAAGUGGGGUGCAGACAUUUCACAAUACUUGGGUAGUUAUUGGGGUGCAAGACAAAUUAUGUUGGAGGUUUGGAGAAGAAAAAGGAUGAAUGAGGAGAAGGACGAUUGGGUAAGUGUUAUUCAAGAUUGGGAGAUGAAUUUGAUGUUGAAUUAG